AUGACAGAUGCCUGCGGUGGAGGAGAACAUGCUGCAGCCCCUGCUUCCAGCUCAGAUGCCUCUGACCCAGAGCUGCACUACGAAGAGGAGGAGGAGGAGGGUGAGUCGGAGCCCUCGGACACCAGCAGCAUCUUCUCCGAUGACUCCAUCUAUCCUUGCUACGAGCUCUCUCUGGGGGCUGGUGGUGCCGGGGACCUCAGCCUCUACCAGUGCUGCACCAGGAACGAUGCCAAGCUGGUGCAGGAGAGGCUGGAGCACGGGGUGACCCGGAGUGAGGCCACGGAGCUGGACAUCAACGGGAGGAACGGGCUCAUGGUCGCCUGCUACAAGGGCUUCGUGGACAUCGUGUCCCUGCUGCAGAAGUGCCCCUACAUAAACGUCAACCAGCAGGACAAGGACGGGAACACGGCCCUCAUGAUGGCAGCCCAGGCAGGACACAUCACCAUCGUCAACUACCUCCUCAACUACUACCCCGCGCUUGAGGUGGACAAGCGAGACCCCCGGGGCCUGACGGCGCUGAUGAAGGCCGCGAUGCAGGGGGAGGAGGACUGCGUGGCUGCCCUGCUCCUGGCCGGAGCAGACCUGCAAGCGGUGGAUCCCGUCAAGGGGAAGACGGCCAGGGAGUGGGCAGCCUUCACCGGCCGCUUUGAGACAACCAUGCGGAUCCGGAGCCUCCUGCGGUGCCCGAUCCGGCGCCUCCUGCGGUGCCCGCGGGCGGAGCAGUUUGGCACCCAGUACCAGCCCGAGUGGCCAGCCCUGGCUGAGCUGGUGGCCAAAGCCCUGAGACCCAAAUCCAGGGGCAAGAGGCUGUCGGAGAAGAUCCGAUCCAUGUUCACCUUCAACUUCCCCCACGACCACAAGGAGGAUGGCAUGAUGGACCACAUGGUGAGGAUGACCACCUCCCUCGCCAGCCCCUUUGUGGCCACCGCUUGCCAAACCAUCUGCCCCGACAGCCCCCCAGAGGUGGGCAAGCACAGGCUGUCUGUGCCAGAGAUCCUCGGGCAGCAUGUGCUGGAUCCGGACGUCGAGCCAGAACCCACCUCGUGCCCCAGCACCAGUGCAUCCUCUUGCAACGGUCAAGCUGUGUCGGAGAUCCGGCUCCUACCACCACACUGGCCAGCCAGUGGCCUCCUGAGCUUCCUGCCCCUGCGGCGUGGGAACAGCAUCUUCCCCAGAGAGCCCAUCCCGAAAAUCGAAGUGAGCAAAGCCUCCUGCCUGACUGCCCGCCCGAGGGAGUGGAGGCAGCACGGGAAGGACAAGAACCUGCUGCAGCCACCCAAGUGGAGGUACAAGGAGCUGAAGGAGGAGAGAGUGGCCAAGGAGGCGAAAAGCGAGGAGAAAAAGAAGAAAGGGGGGAAGAGAUGCUAA